AUGAAAUUUGUAGUGUUGGAGUUGAGGGAAUUGGUGGCUGAAUUACUCAAAGAAUUGGAUCCAUUCCUGAAGCAGUGCAUGGCAUUGGUUGAGCAGAAAUGGAGGGAAGUUAGCCUUUCCUUUGCUGUAUCUGAGGAAAGGGAAUCAUCUCUUCAAGUUCAUCCUGCAGCAGGACCAUAUGCCACCCCCAAGCUGAACAAGCUGGUCGACACGGCUUUCAGGAAGAGGCUUCCAAGCCCUGAAGUUGGGAUCACUACAUUUAUGUCAAGUGUCAAGGACCUCCUUGAAGAAGCUUGA